AUGAAACUAAAAGGACCAACACGGCGGGAGUCUGGGGACGGUGCCAAGCGGGGCUCCCUGGAGGUGACCUGGCGUGUGCAGUGGGAAGGAGGACGGAAUCAGAGACAGACCGACGACUUCUUCUACAAAUAUAUUUCAGAGACCGACGACUUCUACAAAUAUGUUUCAGAGACCGACGACUUCUACAAAUAUGUUUCAGAGACCGACGACUUCUUCUACAAAUAUGUUUCAGAGACCGACGACUUCUACAAAUAUGUUUCAGAGACCGACGACUUCUUCUACAAAUAUGUUUCAGAGACCGACGACUUCUUCUACAAAUAUGUUUCAGAGACCGACGACUUCUUCUACAAAUAUGUUUCAGAGACCGACGACUUCUACAAAUAUGUUUCAGAGACAGACGACUUCUUCUACAAAUAUGUUUCAGAGACCGACGACUUCUUCUACAAAUAUGUUUCAGAGACCGACGACUUCUUCUACUAA